AGCAGCGAAGUGGCCAAGGACAAGGCUUAGAGAAGAAGACUUGUUGGAGUAGACAACUAAUCGUGAGAAUCAAACUCUCAUUUGCCAUCUUAUUUAAGUUUUGAGGACUUUGAUUACACAUUGUCCGAUCACGGUUCUUGUCCUAGCGUGGGGAGGGAAAAGAUGGGCUCAGGUCCCGUGCCGUUUGUCCUCCCUCCGGGCCUCGCCCCCGACCCUGCGAGCCCCGGAUGGAUGAACAAAGCCGACAACGCGUGGCAGCUGACGGCGGCCACCCUGGUCGGGCUGCAGAGCGUGCCGGGGCUCAUGAUGCUGUACGGGGGCGGGGUGAAGAAGAAGUGGGCAGUGAACUCGGCGUUCAUGGCCUUCUACGCCUUCGCCUGCGUCCUCGUCUGCUGGGUCCUGUGGGGCUACCAGAUGUCUUUCGGCGAGAAGCUGCUCCCGUUCUGGGGCAGGAUCGACGUCUCCCUCGAGCAGAAGUUCCUGCUGCAGCAGGCGUUCGCGGGGAAGCUGCCGAACGCGACGAUGGUGUACUUCCAGUUCGUCUUCGCGGCGAUCACGCUGAUCCUCAUCGCGGGGGCCUUGCUGGGGAGGAUGAAUUUCAAGGCCUGGAUGAUCUUCGUGCCGCUUUGGCUGACGUUUUCCUACACGUUCGGGGCGUACAGCAUCUGGUACCCUACCGGAUUCCUCGCUAAGAAGGGGCUAAUGGACUAUUCCGGUGGCUACGUCAUUCAUCUGUCUUCUGGAGUGGCUGGUUUUACUGCGGCAUAUUGGGUUGGGCCGCGGCUGAGCAAAGAUAGAGAGAGAUUUCCUCCGAACAACAUCCUGCUCAUGUUGGCCGGGGCGGGGCUCCUGUGGAUGGGAUGGACCGGGUUCAACGGAGGCGACCCUUACGAGGUCAACGUCGACGCCUCGCUCGCCGUUAUCAACACCCACAUUUGCACGGCCACGAGCUUGCUCACUUGGCUCGUGCUCGAUCUCGUCUUCUUUGGCAAGCCCUCUGUGAUUGGUGCCGUCCAAGGAAUGAUCACCGGCCUGGUCUGCAUCACCCCGGCUGCCGGUUUGGUCCAAGGUUGGGCAGCUAUAAUAAUGGGGGCCUGCUCUGGCUCAAUCCCGUGGUUCACCAUGAUGGUGGUCCACAAGAAAUUCGAGCUGCUCCAGAAGGUCGACGACACGAUGGCCGUCUUUCACACCCACGCCGUCGCCGGUAGCCUCGGCGGGAUCCUCACGGGGCUCUUCGCCGAGCCGAAGUUGAACCACCUCUUCUACACCACCGACAACGAGAAGUACAUAGGACUCUUCUACGGGUUCAAGACGGGGAGGGUCCAAGCCGGGUUCACGCAAAUCGGGGUCCAGCUGCUCGGGAUCCUCUUCAUCGUCAUCCUCAACGUGACGGUGACCAGCCUGAUCUGCCUCGCGGUGCAGUACCUCGUGCCGCUGAGGAUGUCGGAGGAGGAGAUGGAGGUCGGCGACGAGGCGGUCCAUGGGGAGGAGGCGUACUCCCUGUGGGACGACGAGGAGCCGGUCGGCGCCGUGCGGGGGGAAGGAUCGACCCCCAGCGCUAUAGAGAUGACGAUGACGAAGAGGAAAGGAGAGGGUCGAGCCGGGGUGGUGUAGAAAAAGAGCAGAGUUAAUUUUAGUUUCGAGGAUAAAGAUAAGAGGCCCACGAAUAAGGGGAAUAUGCUUUGUGUGGGU